UUUUUAGGGGGUGGGGAGAAGGGACGUAGCCCUGAGGGACCCCAUUCCAUUCCGGCUGAACCUGUCAAGAGUCAGCAGCCGCCCCAACAGCAGCGCGCUGACUGGACCCUCUCAGUCUAGGUUGUGGAGUGGUAGUGUGAGAAUGGAAUGUUGACGAAUGUCGUGGUACACGAACUUCAGAAUGAAGUGAAAUUCGGGACCCGAUUUCCAUAUAUGCUCUUAUUUGGGGGGGUUAAUUGAUAGCCCCAGCUGUGUGACAGUUUUCAUCACUUCAUUGUCGAGUGAAUUAACGAUUGAAAACUUCAUGGGGGCGACACAGGCAGCCGCUGGAAAAGGAAGUUCAUUGAAGUGACUCGAGAAAACAGAAAAUGGAGGACUGGGGAGUGUGAAAUUUUAAGUGAAUAUCUCCCCCUACUUUUUGCAAAGACUUGACGUGGAUUUACCCGUGGUUUUUUUUCACUGCCUGGUUUUCCUGUGUGUGAUUUGUGCAAAUUGGUGGACGUAGAAGUUGGAUAAAGAUACAAAAAAAUUGCUGAAUUUUGGAUAGUCUUGAGUGUCUGGGUUUUGCAGCCAUUGUGAGGGUAUCGUAUCAAGUUUGGAUCUGCUAGAUAAACACGUGAAAACUACGUAGAAGCAAUGCUCCCCAAGACAUGACAAGUAUAGAGUACUCGAUGGAGCCACCGAGCGGCCUACUUCGCCACCACCACUACCCUCACCAACAAGCUCGGAGCGUCGUCUCUCAGAUGCCGUCGGUCUCCUCCUCUUCGGGAGCCUCGGGAGCUUCCUCCUCGGUUGGCGGAUGCCGCGUGAGGUUCGUGAGGCUGGUGCGCAAAAGGAAUGAAUCCUACGGGUUCAGCCUCCGCGGAGGCCUGGAGCACGGCACCGGCUUCUUCAUCUCGCACGUGGAGCCUGCGUCCGAGGCUUUCAUGCAGGGGCUCAGGGCAGGGGACCAGUUGUUGAGUGUAAAUAACAUCAGCGUGGACAAAGCAAUACACCGCGAGGUCACUGCAAUGGUCCAAAGCAAGUCCAGUGUGAUUUUGAAAGUGAAAAGCACCGGUAUUAUCCCUGUUAAAGAGCAUCGAGGUGACCCACUGACGUGGCUCAUGGUGGAUGAAGAUGAGGACGACAAUCUCUCCAAUGGGGCUGCAGAUCCAUACAGUCAUUCUGGACAGGAAAAUGACUACAGAGGAUUCCGUUCGUCGUCAAGUCACGAGCCUUCUCAUGUCCAUGGUGGCAGUGCGGCAGCCAACAACUGCCGCGCUCAGGUGGUUAUAUCCUGUGGUGGAAAAGUUGGACUUGGAUGCAGCAUAUGUAAGGGCCCUCCUGAAAAACCAGGAAUCUUUGUACAAAGUGUGAAGCCAGGUGGAGUGGCUAAGAGUGCUGGACUACGGCCAGGAGACCAGAUUCUUGCUUGCAAUGACAUCAGCUUUACCCAUUUAGAAUUUGCAGAGGCUGUUUAUGUCCUAAAGUCAUCACCACAUUUGGUUCUGGACAUCCUUAGAGGAGCUGGCCUAGACUUUGUUGCAGGAGAAUCGUCAGGGUACAAUUCUUCAGCUUCAUCUAUCGCUGGAGACCAGACUCCUCCUUCCUCCUCUUCUGACCCAAGGGAUUCUGAUCAUAGUGUUACCAGCAGACUGAGUGCUGUUAGUCAGCACUUGUCUUUGGAUCGUUCAAGAGGCUGGAAGGAAAUUGAGGCGGAAUGGGCAGAUGCAGAAGCAGCUGAGAAGAGACAUCAGUUACAGUCGGCUCAGAGGAUUCUGAGAACUCGUGCUCAAAGGGAUGCCAACCACAGGCUUAAUGCCUCCAACAGUAGGUCAUUGUGUAAUUUGAGUGUUGGCUUCAGAGACGAUGAUAAUGAAGAGUCCACUGCCUUCAGGGAUACAGGGCAUCCUUACUCUCCUGUUGUACCCUCAGCAUCUCGUCUUCCAGCACACACUCACUACAAACCUGCUCUUAGGAGUACAAGGUCAAGUAGUGAUGUAUCGAGUGACACAAGUCAUAAAAUAGCCUUAGUGACUUCGCAUGAUCCACACGUCAGUAACAUUGUAGUUACAGGUGGACCUAAGAAUGAGAGAGAUGCAGUUUCUAGACUGGAGCAACUUUCCAGCCCUUCUGCCAGUAGGACGUCAACACUUAGCAGUGGAACUUCUCAGGUGACAGUGAGGUCUUCAUCUGGUAGCAUGGGUUUGGGAGCAGGAAAUUCCAGUAGUGGUAGCUCACUGCAAGUAACAGAGUCAUUGGUUGAACAGCAAUUACGGGAACUCAGGGAAGAGCAGAGAAAACUGCAGGAAGAAGCUAAUUUAUUGGCAGAGGAGCGAAGAAAAUUUGAGGAGGAGAGACGUCGUGGUUUAGUGCAUACCCAGAGUGCUCCAUUGACCCCUCUUGUGAUCAGCUGCUCCGGCCAGUCCCUUCUCCCUCAUCAUCAGGCACCUCCUAGCCCUACAUCUUCCAUCGCCAGUGGGCGCCAUACAACUCGCGUUCUCAUAAAGUCCCCGCCUCCUCCUCCACCUCCUCGUAAAAACACCACUACUUUGUCCUCUUGUCGAUCCCAUUCACAUCAAGUAUCACCUCCAGCUUCUCCAGCACAUAGCAGCAGCAGUAGUAGUGGUGUAGGGUCAUUGUGUGGUUCAGGUGCUCCCCCUCGGCGCUGUAAGAGCAUUGGCUCACUGUCGGCCAGUAGUAGUGAAAGUACCGUUUGGGAAGACCUGCCUUUAACCGGCAACCUGUCGUCCUCCAUCAACAACUCUCAUUGUACUAUACAGUCUACCGUGCCUCCUCCACCCCCACCCAAGCCAUCAGCACCUCAGAUGUCACAACAUAGUAAUAAUGAAACCCAAAUAUUAAGGGGGGUUCCCCCUCCUCCACCUCCACCACCCCCUCAGCCUUCUCAUAAUCAUCAACCCAGUUUAGCCAGUGCCCUUAGCAGAGAACUGGAACGGCGUUCUGCACAGGAGUCUCUGUCAGGUGAUGUUGAUGAUGAAACAAAAGCAAAGGCGAUUCAAGAUAAGAUUGAUGCAUUCAAAAAGGACAAACAAAAGAGCGUAACUAUUGAUCCCAAGAGAGCUCAGCAUGAUAAACUAAUGGAAGAGUUCAAGUUGGCUCACAGACGUAUGUUUGACGCAAAACCAGUGUCAGAGGAAGAGGUGAAAGAAGAGAAACCGGUGGUGAGGUUUCAAGGGCACCAGAAACUUUCAAGAGCCCCUGCCAGUACUACACCAGUCAAUUCCAAAAUCAUAGACAGGCUGAAUCAAAAUUUGUCAACAAACAAAGUGGAAGUCAAGAGCAAAGUGCCCAGUGCCAUCAGUAAAAAUAUUUCCAGUAGUAGUAAUGUCCAAAAUCUUGAUAACCUUAACUCUGGACAUGAAAUAAAUGAUAUGACAUCUAUCAGCAAAAGGAAAGAGAUGUUUAAUAACAUGUCUGUCUCAGGUCACAAGCCCAGUGCAUCAUUGGCCUCAAGAGAAAGCCAGCAGCAAGAUGAGAUUUGUAGAAGCACUACUCCAAAGCCAUCAGUUAUAAUAAAAACUAAACAACCAGUGCAUGGAAAGUCUGUGGUAAUGGAAGAGUUUAAGAUGAGCGAGAAAGCUAUGUCAUCAUCUUCAUUAUGUCCCCCUGACACAUACUUUGAUGUACACAAGGAAAAUUCUUCCAAACCUCUUGUUUCUAUUGGCACGUAUCCAUCACCCAAUGACAGACCCGCACCAGUGAAAAUGGACUUCCUUCCUUCAACAUGUGUUAAUGUUGAUGUGAAUGGCACCAGUAAAUAUGAUGGCUCUUCUAGAGAUCAAUUACAAAACGAAUUGACGUCGACCUUAACACGCUCAAAUAUUCGCCAACGUUUACAUGCUCAGGAAUUACCCCCAAGUCCCAUCCCCUCAAACAGCUCAAGUCCUGCUUCAAAAGAACCUUUUACCAGUAAUGCUGCCAGUGCAACCUUUACAACCACAACCAUACAGAAUAACAACACAAACCCAAGUGCCUCAUUGUCAAGUAAAUACAGAGGUAUUGUUACAGAUUCUCCUGUGAAUGGUCCUGAAGGAUCACCAUAAUAGGAGGUAAGGGGCUGUAGAUAAAUAGAGCGCUAGUUAAAAUGUCCCUUCUUUUGUGAGGGAUUGGUCUAGUUUUUGUUGCCAUGAAGAGAAAUAUACCUUUAUAUUUUCUCUGUUGUGUUUAAUUAUAUAAAUACAUAUAUCUAUUUUGUAUAAAAAUAGUAAUUCUGUUAACCAUAUUUAUAUAUAUAUUGUGUAAAAUUAUAUGUAAAUAUAUGCAAAUACAGACACCAGUGGGGGAUUCAUUUGUACAUGCAUCCGGUGCAUUUUUUUUCUGAUGUGGAAGGCUAAACCUACGUCCACAUUCAGUUUUGUAAUCUUGGAAUGUAUGUUGAGGGCUUUGCAAGUAGGAAACAGAGAAAGAGCUCUUCAGACGAUGAUUUAUUUUAAUUGAUUUCCAUAUGCACAGUUUGUCAGGAACAUAAAUGUCCACUGUGCUAAUGGUCAGUCUGAUGUGACCAGUUGUGAGGCAAUGCCCGUUCACCAGGACUUUUAACUUGACUGAACGCCUCCAAUCACCAACAUUGAGGUGCCUCUGAGAACAGCCUUGAGCAUCAGCAGAUUGUUGCAGUUCAUUGUGUUGCACUUAAAAUGCAGUUAACUGUUUAUGAAACAUAAUUUGUACUUGUAGUACUAAUUGUAUUUUGAUGAUACAGGACAGUGCUUCUGGGGUUCAAAUAUGAGAAUGUGUAAUUAGACGAAGUUGAAAAUAAAACUGUGUAAUCUUUGUUAAUGCUUUAAUUAUCUCAAAAUAGUGCUUAAUUGUAACCCACCGUGAUGCAGCUGUAAUAUCCCUCUUAAAAUCUUUAGUUGGAUUCGUUACAACUACAAACAUCUUAUCUUCUGUGUCUUCUUUAUUCAUACAUUCAGUUUGGCAAAGGUUGUUAGUAUAUUAUGUAGUUAUUUCCAUAACAAAUCUGUUAUAUUGUGUAACUCGUGAAGACAAUAGUUGAUUGUAGCUUAGCCAUUUAAAACCUAAAUUUCCUCAUGCUAUGUUCAUUCAUUAUUACUGUAUAUUCAAAUCAGUGUAGUGUAAAUUUGAGAUAAAUUCACAAAUAAAAUGUUAUCAGGCACUUGAUUUUCAACACUUUUUCUCCAAAGUGAAAGUAAACAGACACUAGCAAGAUAAAUUAGCACUGUGUAACCACUAAACUAAUGAAUUUCAUAAACAUACAUUGGCUUUUUUACUGGUACAGUAUACAAAGGACCACUGUAUUUCAUGCACCAUUAGUUCACCAGUUUUUAGUUACCCGUAUGGAAGUCCACAAGAAGACAAAUUCUGUCAUAUACACAGUUCAUUGUUAUACCUCGACAACAACACUCAAAUUGUUGGAUACAUUAGUCCAGUGCUGAAUGAUAACCUCUGUGGCAUGCAGGUGAAUUUAACAUUAGAUUAUUAACUAGCUUUACAUUAAACUUUAAAUGGUAUGAAAUUUCAUCAGUGAAUAUUGAACUUUAGAAAAUAAAAAACUGGUACGUAUAUUAAAACUACUUGUGAGUUGUUUACUGUGAUAUUGCUUGAUGCAUUAAUAAAAUAUUUUCUGAAUUACCUAAAGACAUAUACUGCAACAUGAAGUUAUUUGUAAAAAUUACAUGUGAAAUACAAUGGAAAUGUAUGAAAUGAGUAAAUCAAUUUUUAUUAAAAUUUUACUGUGAUAUUACUUGAUGCAUUAAUAAAAUAUUUUCUGAACUACCUAAAGACAUACUGCAACAUGAAGUUAUUUGUAAAAAUUAUAUGUGAAAUACAAUGAAAAUGUAUGAAAUUAGUAAAUCAAUUUCUAUUAAAAUUUUCCAGUUAGGACUACACAUAAAUAAAUAAAAUUGGUUCAAUACCUGAUAAAGUAGAAAUCAAAUGCAGUCCAUUACUGCAAAAAAAGGUUAAUGCCACAUAUUUAGACUUUAAAGCCAUUAUCAGUACUAAACACAAAAUACACAUUCAAUUGUUUUGCGUUGUAAUUGUUUGUGCUUCUAUGUGAAGAUUUAUUAGUGGUAAUACAUUAAUAAGAACAUAUUCAUUAAGUUCAAGUCUUUAGAAUUUUUACGGUCCUUGUACAUUUACCCCAUGCAUACGGAAUACACUAACUGUACCAUAUUUUUUGUAGAUAAUGUACUUCCUAUUCAGAGAUUUUUUUAUCUCGCAUGAAUAGUAACAUAUGUAGCUGGUAACACUUUACUUUUCUGGACAACAUUAUUAUUUUGAAUAUUCUGUUAAUGCUAAUGAUUUACAUAAGGUUUUAUAGCUAGUCAUAUUGGUUGCCGACAGUCCUUAAAUAACUAAUGUGGGUUGAUAUACUGGACUGCCCAUGUUUGUGUACUAAAAGUGACAAACAUCUAAACCAUAUUUAUAGUUAUCCACUUAUACUUUUUGUCUUUUGUAUAUCAAUGUACAUUUCAAAAACCAACCCUUCAAACACGUCCAAAAUAAACAUAAAUAUAUGUCUAUAUGACAAAACCAUCACCCCAGUCAAAUGUGUAUUUAUCCAAGCAAAUGGUACUUUUGUAUUUGACUAUAGUACAUAGGAUACAUAUAUUUUAAUGUUACCUACCACUUUUCAAGUUACUCCAGUAAGUUCACAUAUUGUAGUAGCACUGGUUAACUAGAAGUAAGAUCUUAAUAGCUUUAACAUACACUUCCAAGUCUUACGUUUACUUGUGUGUGUGUUGAUUACAUCUACGUAAUAUAAGAUGCAUAUUUUCAUACUGGAAUGUGCAAUAUUACUUUUUUGGCAGUAUUAAUAGUAGUUUUAAAAUGGAUAUGUAAUAUUACUGGAGUUGAAAGUCAACCCUACUUACCUUCGGCUGUUAUAUACAUGUAUUGUAUUGUCAAUUCUGCCAUUGCUCACUUGUGCCAUAGCAAUUUGGUGGUAGGUCUACAAGUAUGCAUAAGUACAUGUGUGGGUUUGUGAACCAUUUGAACUGACAGCAAAUAUACAUAUAUGAUGAAUUAGGGGCUGAUUACUUUUUAUCUGUACUGUAAAAACAACUCCCAUUUUGCCCAUGAUUAGUAAGUUCAGUGCUCACAUCUAUAAUUUUCCAGAAAUCUGUGUACAAAUUUCUCAGUUGCUGUUUUGAAUUACUAUCAUGUAUCAUGCUUAUAAAUUCCUUGUUAACACAUAUGAUUAAGAAUGUUAUUCAGCCAUUUUAUAUGGCAUUUAAAUUGCCUUUUCUAAUCCAUUAUUUGGACUAGAUUUCUUUCUGUUAUCUUUUGUUUCAUGGCUGACAACUGCAUAUUGCAGCCUUUCUUCAUGUAUGUACAACUGUUAAUUUUUGUAUAGAUUUACAUUAAACCUUCCAUUUACACAA